AUGUCUCUUCUCAAUAGUUCAGACUUUUCCACCUUCCUGGUGACAGGAAUCCUUGGAUUAGAGGACAUGUAUAUGUGGCUCUCUAUUCCCUUUAGUGCCAUAUUCUUAGUGAUUCUGGCAGGUAACAUCACCAUCAUAUUGGUUAUCUGGACUGAGAGAAGCCUCCAUGUACCCAUGUACCUCUUCCUGGCAAUGUUGGCAGCCUCAGACCUGGGUUUAUCCAUCUCCACAUUUUCGACUAUGUUAAGGAUCUUCUGGUUGGAUGCCAGAGAGAUGAGCUUCCCUGACUGUUUCACCCAGAUGUUCUUCAUCCAUUCCUUCCAAGAAUUUGAGUCAGCUGUGAUUCUGGCCAUGGCCUUUGAUCACUAUGUGGCAAUUUCCAAACCCUUGCACUAUGCCUCCAUCCUCACCAGCGGAGUAAUUGCAAAGAUAGCUGUGGCCAUUUUGGUACGGACAAUGGCAGUGCAAGUCCCAGCUCCCAUCCUUCUGAGGAGGUUACAUUUCUGUCACUCUAAUGUACUCUCCCAUUCCUACUGCUUACAUCCAGAUAUCAUCAAACUCUCCUGCUCUAAUACUAGAAUCAACAGUAUAUUUGGCUUAUUUGUUGUUGUUUCCACUCUUGGCCUUGAUUUUGUCCUAAUUCUCUUUUCCUAUGUUCUGAUCUUAAAGACUGUUCUGAACAUUGCAUCUUUUUGGGGACGCCUCAAGGCCCUCAAUACCUGCAUCUCCCACCUCUCUGCUGUGAUCCUUUUCUUCACACCCAUGAUCUGUCUGUCCUUGCUUCACAGAUUUGGACCAAAGCUUCCCUCCCAUGUGUAUGUGCUCAUAGCUAACAUGCACUUCCUCAUCCCACCUGUGAUGAACCCCAUUGUUUAUGUGUUAAAAACCAAGCAAAUCCGAGAUAGGGUCAUUAGGAUUUUUCUUAAAAAGAAAUCUGGAGAGACCUAA